CCUAAACGGCUAUCGAGGUUUUAGGGCUUUUUGGGCUCUAGGGCGAAAGGGAAGCGAUGUAUGGCGGAGACGAGGUAUCCGCCAUUGUCGUGGAUCUGGGAUCGCAUUCUUGCAAGGCGGGAUACGCUGGAGAGGACGCUCCCAAAGCUGUUUUUCCAUCGGCUGUAGGAUCUGUGGGAGAAAAACCGAGCAGUACGUACUAUGUGGGAAAUCAAGCAAUACAGUUUAGACGCGAUUUCAUGGAGGUUUCUCCGGCAUUGAAAGAUGGUCUCGUCGCAGAUUGGGACAUAGUUGAGAGCAUCUGGGAUCACGCUUUCAAGGAACGGCUGCUGAUAGAUCCCAAAGAGCAUCCAAUGCUACUUGCCGAGGCAUCUUUUAAUCCUCAACAGCAUAGAGAAAAGACUGUGGAGCUGAUGUUUGAAAAAUAUGGUGUGCCUGCGGUCUUCCUUGCGAAGAAUGCUGUUCUCACUUCGUUCGCAUCUGGACGAGCGACGUCGCUUGUUGCUGACUGCGGUGGCGGUUCUACUACUGUUGCUGCUGUACAUGAUGGCUAUGUUCUGCACAAGGCUGUUCUCCGGUCCCCAAUUGGCGGGGAAGUCCUCACAGAUUGCCUCUUGAAGAUUUUGGAAUCGAAGAAUGUCAAUAUCAGGCCAAGGUAUUCGUUCAAAAAAAAAGAACCUGUGAACGGGGAGUUCGAAAUUGUGAAUCUCGACUUUCCCAACACUACCGACAGCUAUCGUAGGUACAUGCAGAGAGUGAUUGCCGCGGAUAUCAAAGAAACCGUUUGCCGGGUCCCGGAUGGCAUCUUCGAUGAACACUCGUAUGCCAACAUUCCUACAACUCCGUAUGAGCUUCCCGAUGGCCAUACGAUUGAAGUUGGCGCUGAACGAUUCAAGGUUCCGGACCUUAUGUUCAAUCCUGCCUUGAUACAGACAAUACCUGGGAUGGAGAAAUAUGGUGUCGAUACGGGGCUCACCUUACGCGGACUACCACAGAUGGUUAGCGACUGCAUAGGAAAAUGCGAUGUUGAUAUCCGGAGAGAGCUCUUCAGCACUAUUUUGCUCGCCGGCGGAACCGCAUCAAUGCAGCAAUUGAAAGAGCGUUUAGAAAAGGACUUGGUUGAGGAAGCACCACAAGCAGCUCGCGUCAAGGUUCUUGCAAGUGGGAACACAAUCGAGAGACGCUUCAGCGUAUGGAUUGGUGGAAGUAUUCUCGCUUCUUUGGGAUCGUUCCAACAGAUGUGGUUCUCUAAAGCAGAGUACGAAGAACACGGGCCAUCGUAUGUCCAAAGAAAAUGUCCUUAGAAAUCAGAAAAGUAUGACUAAUUUGUAAUUAUAAAGUUGAGAAACUGAAACUGAUAUAGAAUU